CCUCUGCUGGAUCAGCUGUUAGCUGUUAGCUUCUCUUGCUGCCAUUUUCAGCAGCUCUGUUGUGUUUUGUUUGGUUGCUGUUAGCAGCAAGAUGGCGGCUCCCAUCCCGGCGCUCAGACCCGCUGCUCUGCAUAUUUAACAGCAGCUUGCAGCCUGCACAGCACCCUCUCACACUGGUGCAUGCAGCAACCGUGCAGCAUAGGCAGCUGCAGCUGGAUAUGCGUUUCUGUUUCAGCUGGUGUCUGAUUGUUAGCCUGAGCAGCUACCGGACUGUCCGCUGCCGACACUGGGCUAGCUGACACCACACUGACCCUCUCUGACUGGAUCACGGGAGAAUGUUUAUUAUUCACCCAGUGUAAUAAAACCCACUGUAUCUGUGGCAGACAGCUGAUUACUGCCCGUUAGCAAACGCUAGUUAGCUAUACAGCCGGUGUGUGUGUAUCAAAUUAGCCGGCUAGUUAGCUUCAGGAGCUAAUUAGCGGGCUAAUGCUAAUCCUGACUUUUUGACGCAUCUCUCGGUUAAAUUUGGACUUUUUGGAGUCAGCGGUCAUGGCAGCCGAGCCUGCAGUGUUGCAGCCCCGCUGGAAGCGCAUCGUGGGCUGGACUGGGCCGGUGCCGCGGCCCCGGCACGGACACCGGGCCGUGGCGAUCAAGGAGCUGAUGGUUGUGUUCGGCGGGGGGAAUGAGGGAAUCGUGGAUGAGCUGCACGUCUACAAUACAGCUACCAACCAGUGGUUCAUCCCGGCGGUGCGAGGUGACAUCCCUCCCGGCUGUGCCGCCUACGGCUUCGUGUGUGACGGGACGAGGCUGCUUGUGUUCGGAGGGAUGGUGGAGUAUGGCAAAUACAGCAACGACCUGUACGAGCUGCAGGCGAGUCGCUGGGAGUGGAAGCGUCUGAAGGCCAAACCUCCAAAGAACAGCCCGCUCCCCUGCCCUCGCCUCGGACACAGCUUCUCUCUGAUUGGCAGUCGCUGCUACCUCUUCGGCGGACUGGCCAAUGACAGCGAAGACCCCAAGAACAACAUCCCCAGGUAUCUGAACGAUCUGUACUGUCUGGAGCUGAGGCCGGGCUCCAGCGUGGUCGGCUGGGAGCUCCCCGUGACGUCGGGUCCGCCGCCGCCGCCCAGAGAAAGUCACACGGCCGUGGUGACGAGCGGCCGCGGAGCCAACAGACUGAUCAUCUACGGAGGGAUGAGCGGCUGCAGACUGGGAGACCUGUGGGUGCUCGACAUCGACUCUCUGACGUGGAGCAAACCGGCCCUCAGUGGAACAGCCCCUCUCCCCCGCAGCCUGCACUCUGCCACCACCAUCAACAACAAGAUGUACGUGUUCGGAGGUUGGGUUCCUCUGGUGAUGGAUGAUGUCAAAGUGGCGACACACGAGAAGGAGUGGAAGUGUACAAACACGUUGGCCUGCCUCAACUUGGACACCAUGUGCUGGGAGACGGUUCUGAUGGACAGCCUGGAGGAAAACGUCCCCAGAGCUCGAGCAGGUCACUGCAGUGUGGCCAUCAACUCCAGACUCUACAUCUGGAGCGGGAGAGACGGAUACAGGAAGGCCUGGAACAACCAGGUGUGCUGCAAGGACCUCUGGUACCUGGAGUCAGAGCGUCCCAGUACUCCAUCUCGGGUCCAGCUGGUCCGGGCCAACACCUUGUCACUGGAGGUGAGCUGGGGGCCGUCGCCGACCGCCGACACCUACGUGCUGCAGCUACAAAAGUACGACAUUCCCGCCACACCUGCUGCUGCCACCUCACCUGCCUCCAGCCCCGCCUCCAACCCCGUCCCCACCGCCACACCUGGAGCCAGCUCCCCCAAGAGCUCCACCCCCGUCGCAGCAGCUCCAGCCAACCAGAGCAUCCCGCUAUCCGGCAUCACGUUAGUCCCCUCCCCCACAGCCACCUUACCUGGAAACCCGUUGGCUGCCGCUGCUAAAAGUCCAGCUGUCCUGAAAGUGGCAGCUCCAAGUGCCGCAGGUGGAGCCUCCAUCGUCACAGUCCGACAGGCCGCACCCAAAUCCCCGGUUGCCGUGACGACACUUCCUGCAGGUGUUCGCAUGGUGGUACCAGCUCAGACCAGUCAGGGGACGCCAAUAGGAAGCAGUCCUCAGAUGAGCGGGAUGGCGGCGCUGGCGGCAGCGGCCGCAGCCACUCAGAAGAUUCCUCCGUCCACAGCGACGGUGCUGAACGUUCCAGCAGGAGCCACGAUGGUGAAGACGAUGGCGGUCAGUCCAGGAUCCAGCAGCCUGCCGGUCAAAGUGGCCGCUCCAGUCACGAUGGUGAGUAACCAGGCCACUCGAAUACUGAAAACUGCCGCCGCUCAGGCGGGCGGGGCCUCUGUCGUCUCCACCCCCGGGACGCCCAGCAGACCAAUCAUCACGGUCCACAAGUCGGGCACGGUGACGGUCUCCCAGCAGGCUCAGGUGGUCACCACGGUGGUGGGCGGAGUCACGAAGACCAUCACGCUCGUCAACAGCCCGCUGAGCGUGGGAGGAGGCGGAGCUCUGCUCGGUAACCUCGGCAACCUGGGGAAGGUGAUGUCAGUGGUCCAGACCAAACCAGUUCAGAGUGGAGCGCUUACUGGUCAAGCUGGGAGCAACCCGCUCACUCAGAUCCUGCAGACGAAGGGCGCUCUCCCACCAGGAACCAUCUUGAAGUUGGUGACAUCAGCAGACGGUAAACAGACCACUAUCCUCAGCACCGCGCAGGCCGGCUCCACGGCAACCAAACAAACCAUCCUGGGCGUCGCCCCGGCAACCUCCAAACCCGGAAACACCAUCAUCAAGACCAUCCCACUGUCUGCACUGCAGGGCGGGGCAGGUGGUAACAGUCCAAUCACAAUCCUCACCACCAAGGUGGUGACACCAGGAGCUGCCGGAAAAAUCCUCACUACUGUCCCCAAAAUCACUGCAGCCGGCCAGCAGGGGGUCACACAGGUGGUGUUGAAAGGAGCUCCGGGGACGCCGGGGACAAUCCUUAGGACCGUCCCGAUGAGCGGAGUCAGACUGGUGUCACCAGGAGCAACCAGCUCCAAACCCACCGUUACCACGCUGGUCGUCAAGGCAACCACAGGUGUGUCCAGUCUGGGGACGGUAACAGGAAGUGUCUCCUCCCCGGUGGCGGGAGGAGCUGGCGCCACCGCUUCCCUGGCAACGCCCAUCACCACCCUGGCAACCAUCGCCACACUGGCCAGCCAGGUCACCACGGCAACCGCUGCCACAACAGGACCCAAACAGGUGACUCUGAUAACGACUCCGAGCGGCGCCGAGGCUCAGCCGUUGGUCCAGGAUCUACCAGUCUCCUUCAUGGCCUCUCCUACCUCAGAAGAACCUGGAAGUACUACAAGUACUACUACAACUACUGCAGCGGGACAGACAGGAGACCCUGCAACAGUGACGCUGGUCUGCUCCAACCCGCCCUGCGAGACACACGACACGGGAACCACCAACACCGCCACCGUCGCCACAGCAACCAUGGGGGGUAACAACAGAGUGUGUUCCAACCCGCCCUGCGAGACGCACGACACCGGCACCACCAACACCGCCACCGUCGCCACAGCAACCAUGGGGGGUAACAACAGAGUAUGUUCCAACCCGCCCUGCGAGACGCACGACACCGGUACCACCAACACCGCCACGGUGGCGUCUGCCAGCAUGAGCCAAACGCUGCAGGUGUGUUCAAACCAGCCUUCAGCUCAGCAGUCCGGUCCUCUUCCUCCACCUGAAGUCCCUCUGAACGGAGGAACCACCUGCUCAAAUCCACCGUGUGAGACCCACGAGACCGGAACCACCAACACCGCCACCACAGCCGGAGCCGGAGGACUCAGACAGGUGUGUUCGAAUCCACCGUGCGAGACUCACGAGACCGGAACCACCAACACCGCGACCACAGCCGGAGCCGGAGGACUCAGUCAGGUGUGUUCAAAUCCACCAUGUGAGACCCACGAGACCGGAACCACCAACACCGCGACCACAGCAGGAACCGGAGGACUCAGACAGGUGUGUUCAAACCCACCGUGUGAGACCCACGAGACCGGAACCACCAACACCGCAACUACAGCUACAGCUCAGCAGGGCGGAGACAACACGCAGGACUCCACAGACCCCUCCUCCUCCUCUGACCCCGCCCCCUCCACCACAGCCAGUCAGAGCAGAGCUGUUACCACGGUUACACAGGCCACACCCACACCUGGACCCUCUAUACCUGAGAUCUCCUCAUUGGUCGGAGAGGACAGGGCGGAGUCCUCUGAGGCGGAGGCUGUCGCCGUGGUGAUGGCAGCGGCAGAAGAGGGGGAGGAGCCUAUGCAGACAGAUAGCCAAUCAGAGGAUGUUAUGUCAUCAGCAGCGUCAGUGUUACAGGUUCACAUGGAGGGCAGCGAAGCAGUACAGAUGGCGUCCACAGACAGCGGUCUUCCUCAGGAGCUGAUGUCAUCAGAAGGGGACGGCGGUGAGGUGGACUCUGGAACGACGACUCUGUUGGUGACGACGGGACUGACCCCGGAUCAGCUGGCCGUUAGCGCGGCGACAGAGGAGGCCGCUCAGCAGCCGACGAUACAGGCGGUGCUGCAGGCAGCCGGACAGAUGGGAGAGGGGGCGGUGAACCAGUCCAUCCCCAUCGUUCUGACCCAGCAGGAACUGGCAGCUCUGGUCCAACAGCAGCAGCAGCUGCAGGACGUCCACAACCAACCAGAGCACAGCGCCGUGCCCACAGAGGGCCUCGCUCCAGCGGACAGCCUCAACGACCCGGCGGCCGAGAGCAACGGACACGAGCUGACAUCGUCGGCCGUGACGAGUGCCGUGGCCCGAUUGGCCAGCACGUUCGGCCCCGCCCCUCCUCUGACGGCUAGCCCGGCUAAGAUUCAGACCCCCGCCGCCGCCACGCUCGGCGACGUGUCCAACGGCAUCGGAGCCACCGCGGGGAAACAGGUGGUCCCGGUGACGAGGUCAUCAGCGAAGGACAGUCAAUGGUACGACGUCGGGAUCGUCAAGGUUACCAACAUGGUGGUCUCUCACUACUACGUCCCCUACGAUGACAUCACGAUCGAUGACGACUCGGGUGUGAUGCCGGACUACAGUCAGAUGAGGAAGGUGGAGCUGCAGCCGGGGACGGCCUAUAAGUUCCGGGUCGCUGGGAUCAAUAUCUGCGGGCGCGGAGCGUUCUCGGAGGUCUCGGCGUUUAAAACGUGUCUGCCCGGUUUCCCCGGAGCACCCUGCGCCAUCAAGAUCAGCAAGAACCUGGACGGAGCUCAGCUCACCUGGGAGCCUCCUGCCGUCACGUCGGGGAAGAUCACCGAGUAUUCGGUGUACCUGGCCAUCCAGUCCAGCCAGGCCACCUCCUCCGGGUCCGGCUCCGGUCCGGCCCAGCUGGCCUUCAUGAGGGUCUACUGCGGUCCCAGCCCGUCCUGCCUGGUCCAGGCCUCCAGCCUCGCCAACGCCCACAUCGACUACACCACCAAGCCCGCCAUCAUCUUCCGCAUCGCCGCUCGCAACCAGAAGGGCUACGGACCGGCCACGCAGGUCCGGUGGCUCCAAGAAACCAGUAAAGAUGCCAAACCAGCAGUGAAGAGACCAGGAGUGUCUCCUGAUUAUAAACCUGUCGGACAGAAGAAGUUCAGAACCGACCAAUAGGAGGAGGAGCUCAUGGCCUGCCGGGGAUCGUGAUUGGUUACAGUUGUCCUAAGCUCGGGGGCGGGACUCUGACAGCUUCCUGUCCCGCAGGAAACAAAAAUAAAAGACUUGUAGGAUAUUUGUACAUUAUCGACCAAUCAGAACUUUCUCCUCUGUUGUUGUUGCCGUUUUUUUUUUUUUUGUUUGUUUUUUUCUGUUUUCUGGUCGUCAUGGAGACAGUGAAGGUCAACAGCAUUUCACUUUCAGCUAAAAUUAAUAAAGUUUAUUUGAGUUUGUUAAAUGUAGGUAGGCGACUGGUGAGGUCAAAGGUCACGGUGCUAUAGGGGCGGAGUUUAAAUUAUUUUCUUUCUGUAGUGUCAAAAUAUUUAGGUUUUCCCUUUUUUUUAUAAACAACUGUAAGAAAACAUUUCUUCUUCUGUGAUUUCUUCUGUUAUUGAAGCGUUCGUCUGAGCAGGAAGUGAGUGAAUUUUCAUCUGUUUGAAAAUCAAAUCUGUUUGUGAAUAUUCUCUCCAACAAUAAAGAUUUUUAGAGCAUUUUUUA